UAGCAAGGUAUUCUUUCUAGUGGUCUACAUCGCUGUCAAUCAUGGAUAAGUUCCAAGCGUUCGGAAAGAACCUCAGGUGAGAAAUGACCACCCGCUCUCCCCUCACGGAGUGCAAUUAUCUCCCUAUCCACAGUACACUUGUUUCUACGCAUGUCGCAUUAUGACAAUAAUAUCCAGAUGUCGACUGACAUGUUCUCUUUCUUUCUAUUGCUUUUAGCGCGAGCUUCUCGCCGUUUGCUGUGCGGACGCAGCAGAUGAUCAAAGAGCAACUAGGCCAGGCUGACGACAUGACCCAACUCCCCGAUGAAUACAUCGAGCUCGAGAAGCGCGUUGAUGCCCUGAAGCUGGUCCACCAGAAGCUUCUUCAAGUGACCUCCCAAUACUCCAACGAAGCCUAUGAUUACCCACCCAACAUCCGUGAAUCUUUCAACGACUUGGGCCGAACCAUCAACGAGAAGGUUACGCUUCUCUCGCAGGCCGGAUCCCCCGCUGAGGCCCAGGCUGCCUUUACUGCUCCCCCGACCGCGAAGCCCCAACCCAAGACUUUCAACCACGCCAUUGCGCGCGCCUCUCUGUCUGGUUCUCAGACCUUGGCGCAGAGCUCUUCCGGUGAGGACCCGCUUGCCACCGCCCUCGAGAAGUACGCUCUGUCGUCGGAGAAGGUGGGCGAGGCCCGCCUUGCGCAGGACGCCCAGAUCCAGUCGCGCUUCUUGGCUGGGUGGAACACGACUCUGAACACGAACUUGAUGUUCGCCGCUAAGGCGCGCAAGAAUGUUGAGAAUGCCCGACUUACUUUGGACUCGGUCAAGGCUAGCAAGAAGGCUGCUGCUAAGGGUGAUCUGGACAACUUGAGUGAGGAUGCUCGUGCCGAAAUUGAGCAGGCCGAGGAUGAAUUUGUCGGCCAGACUGAGGAGGCUGUGAGCGUCAUGAAGAACGUUCUCGACACUCCGGAGCCCUUGAGGAACCUGGCAGACUUGAUCGCCGCUCAGUUGGAGUUCCACAAGAGGUCAUAUGAGAUCCUCAGUGAGCUGGCUCCUGUGGUUGACGGCUUGCAGGUUGAGCAAGAGGCCAGCUAUCGCAAGAGCCGGGAGGGAGCCUAAAUAGCUCCUGAAUCUAUCUCUUUUUCGUGAUCCCAUCCAUUACUCCUGCCUCUAUCUGAAUCACCCCAGUCGUCUUAUGUGCCCUUGAAACGUAUCCUUUCAAUACCUUCGAACUGUUACUUGGUUUGUCUUGACUUUAUGAACCGUAGCCCUGUGAUGAUUAUCGUACUCAGUAUACAAUUACAUGAACCAUAUUUGUCUAUCAGUAGCUUUAUUACCUCCGAAUUGAUAUUGAAAUGGCUGUCAGUUUUUCUGCCAUACUACAACGUCGCUACGUAGCGUUCUACCCGGUGGCUGAUUAGGGCUGAUCUACUUGCAUACAUACUGAC